AUGUUAAGAUUUUCCGGUUUAAUAGUAUUGAUUUUCGUGCUACACCAUACUGAUGCAUUUUUUCCUUUGAUGCCAGGAGAUCAUGUAAUACCGCAUCACCUCCUUCGAGUGGCACACACAAAUAAGUUCGUGGCAUUCUCAGCAGGUUUGACACAACUCGCGACACUUCAUGCCUCGCACAAUGAUACAGUUCCAUUCGAUAGAGUGUUCCUUAACCUUGGUGGGGGAUACAACAACACAAAUGGAAUUUUUACCAGUCCAAGAACUGGUACCUACGUUUUUAUGUACUAUGCCUUAGCUCAACAGAACAAGCAACUGCAGCUGGAUUUGUACAGAAAUGAUGACUAUAUUGUUGGUUCUUAUGCUCACGUGACGUCUGAUUAUGGCAGUGUCAGUAAUUCUGUCAUUCUAGGUCUGGAUGAAAAAGACACUGUUCACAUCAAGGCUCACACAGAUGACUUCUUGUACGGACAGCCUGAUGAGAUUUACACAUCAUUUACUGGUUUCAUGUUGGUACCAGACGAAGGAAGAACACAGCAUGGAACACACGGAAAAGAAGAAAAUGACGAACAGACAAACAACAGUCCACAAAACGAUACAGAAAAGUAAAGAUUGAGCGACACGAAACCCACCAAAAAGCUAAUGAG